ACUCUUGGUGCAAUCAUUGGUCUUAGGAAAUACUGUGUUUUAAGAUUCACUCCAACUCAUUUGAAUAUAAUCUCUGCAUCGCUAAGUGAACCACAAGUUUGGUGUAAGCUAUCAAAUGAGCUAUUUGAUGUAUAUGAAGUUGAAUCGUUGAGAGAAAACACAAUCAGUUUCGAGAUGAAUGUUGAUCAAUUAUUUCAUGUCUUGAAACAAUUUGAAAAAUCAAAUUCUGAUCAAUUAGCUAUACGGCUUCAAAAAAGAGAGAAUGAUUCAGGGAAGAGAAGCGCUAGUCUUGCUGUGUUCUUUGAUGAUACUAUAUCAACCACGUCUGUGGUUACUCAUACGUUUAGUAUAUCUGUGAGGUUAUUGCGUAAAGAAAGUGAUGAAAGAAUAACAGAGCCUGAAUUGUCAAACGUUGAUGUGUUGAUGAAACUACCGGUUGAUAUAAGUAUGUUAUUCAGAAGGAUUGAAAGGUACAAGAAUUUGGAAUUUCUUAAAAUCAUUGGUACAAAGAAUGGCUCACUAUCAUUAAAUAUUCAGGAGGAAAAUAACUUAAACGUUACAAUAACGUGGAAUGAACUAUUACAAGUUCAACAAAAUUCAGAUUCAUUAAGUGGUGAUGAAAGCUUUGAAAUAAUGGUCAAACUACGAGAUUGGAAGUUAGGGGCCAAAAUUUGUGAGAUAUGUAAAAAUAUGGUUUUAAUCAUAAGUAAAGAUGAAGCACUUGUGCUACAUUGCUAUCUAGAUGAUUCGGAAACUUGUGAAAUCAUCUACUUUAUCAACGGUGUUAAUCAAUGA